AUGAAGAGCAGCACCACGAUUGUUGUCAAUGGCAGCUCCGAGAUGGACACGUUGCUCAGCCGGCAGCAAGAGCUUCUGCUGCAGCUCCGUGCGCUGAUCCUGCCUGCGCUUCGCUACGUGGACGGCAGGUCGGCCGACCUCGCGAUCGGCCUCUUCGACAAUGUGAUCAACUACAUCGCUGUCGUCAUGUCCAGGCUCCAGGGGAUUAGUACCCAAGCAGACCGUCAUAGAUCGGCGACGGCACCCUUCGACCUCGCCAACGUUUACGUAAUUUCGCCCAACCCCGGCGAGGGACAAGAGGAGAAGCCUAUGAUCAGCAACAUUGGUCAGAAGAGAAGGAGAAACAACGACAGGCGAUCAAGAUCACUUGUAACAGUUGUUCCACAUUAUGAUGGCCAUCAUUGGAGAAAAUAUGGGCAGAAAAACAUAAACGACAGGGAACAUGCUAGGAGCUACUAUAGAUGCGCCUACACAGAACGGAAUUGCGCAGCAACCAAGACAAUUCAGCAACAGGAUCAAAACACAUCUCUUAACUAUGAAGAGGAAGAUGCAAAGUACAAUGUUGUGUACUUAGGUCAUCACACUUGCAGCGAUGACAACACUACAAAUGGCGCGAAGAAUGACCCUCAUAUGGACCUAAUUCGAAAUGAGAAAAUGGUGGGAUCAGUAACAUAA